UAAAUUCGCUACUUUGUAAACAUUGGUGGAUGGGUACAUUUUAUGAUGAGCGCUUGAUAUGAUGGCGUAUGUAUUAUAUUGCUACGACUGACAGCAAAUCUAUGUCACGUACUUACUGGACAAGAAAUUGCUAAUAUAAACACAGGGAUAAUGGAGUCAAAGGGCACAACUGCUGGUAGGCCUGCAGCUGAAAGCAAAAGACCACAUGCCACACCAAAAGGAAAUCGUGGUCUUGGAAAAGCAGGAGCUAAACGAUUGGGUCAGCUGCUAAGGAAAGCCAUCCAAGAGAGAGAAGGAGCCCAGGGAAACAAAAAAUUGCCAAAAACGACAGUUGGUCUGUUGAAACGCCACCAGGCAGAUGUAAUGGCCAGAGCACUAUCCGGUGACAAGAGAAAGCUGGUUCCACGCGUCUCUGACCUCAUCCUGCAGGUAAUAGCCCAGUGUAAAAAGCAGGGUGGCAUCACCAUGGUAGAGCUGAAGAAGGCUCUGGCAGCUGGAGGCUAUGACGUGGGCAAGAACAAUACCAGAGUCAACAGAGCAGUGAAGGGACUCGUGAGGACAGAGACACUGCUACGAACACCAGGCACAGCCGUGUCCUACAAGUUCAAUAGCAAGACAAUGAAGUUGACCGGGGACAAGAAAGGGAAAACAAGGGCAGCAAGGAAAAGAGAGACAGACCAAGCUGUAGAGAAGUGUCCAAAGCGUCGGCCUGGUGCAGGAGAGACGGCAACCAAAAGCUCCGCAGAGACAUUAACGACUAGAUCAACAAAGACGAAUAACAAACUCACUGGAAAAGCAGAGCCAACACAAAAGCAAAAAGCCAAAGGCCAGAUCAUCACAAGACAAACGAAGCAGAAGGGUGGUAAAUCCAACGCAAAGGCGAUCUCAGGGAAAGGAAAGCAAAGGUAGCCAAGAUGUAUGCUAGACUAUUAAGCAAAAAUUAUAUUAUUAUUUUUAAACAGACAGCGACAGAUUUCUCUUCUUUUCGAUAUGUAAGUGCAACUCCUCAAUGUAAUCACUGUCUACAAGAAAACACAAGAGGACAAAAAAAUUAACCCCAAAUUAAAACAUGAAUAAAUCCAAAUGUUUAUUCACAU